CUGACACAAGCAGGCAUUGUGUCUUACCAUGCCCAGGUGAUUGCGUGAUGAGCAAUUGGCAGAACAGCUCCCCCUGCCCCACCCCCUGUCAACGGAACAGCACCAAAUCCCAAGUGCGCUCAGUAAUCCGCCACCCGACGCCUACCGGUGAACAGUGCAGGGAUCUGACUCAAACCACACCCUGUACUGAUUCCGAUUGUGUAGGGUCUGGUUACCGGCUGGUGACUGGGGAGUGGAGUCGAUGCAAGGCUGUUAGCGGGGAAUGUGGAUCAGGGACGAAACAUCGCGUAACCAGCUGCAUCAACAACAACGGCUUCCCAGUCGCCACCCAUCAUUGCUCCAAUCAGAAUGUUACAACAACAGAUAUAUGCAAUAUUCCCUGCCCACCAAUCUGUGAACCAACGAGAUACUCUUAUUGGUCAGCCUGCAAUGAGACCUGUGGUUUGAACGGGGUCAUGGAGAGGUCGAGGGUCAAUGAGGGUCAGUUGGUGGAGUGCACAGAGAAGUGGACCCAGAGGCAGACCAAGCCAUGCAAUGCAGUACCUUGCCACACCUACACCUGGAACCGAAGCUUCUGGAGUGAGUGUCGGUUUGAGACGGAGCGAGGGUGUGGGAUCGGAGAACGGACACGCCUCGUUGAGUGCGAGCGGAAUGAUGGACUCACUGUAGACCAUGAAUACUGCAUCCUACAAGAUUAUCCUGAUGCAAACAGACAAGGUGUAUUGAAUCAGAUCCUAUCUAGUGUUAAUAAGACACUACUAGAUAUCUACACAUCUCAUCGUUGUGAUAAACCCUGCCCAGGAGACUGCUUGGUCACAUCUUGGAGUCCUGAGACUUCUUGCUUCAAGUCUUGUUAUUCACUUGAUGAUGCUGCAUUUAGUAUAAGCUCAAGAUCAGUAACGAGUCCAGCCAUGCCCGGAGGAAAACCCUGCCCAGUAAAUCUCAUCCAAGAAAGAUUGUGUCUGAAAGAGCAAGCUGUAUGCCCUAACUACACAUGGAGAACAGGAACCAUCAGUGGAAAUAUAAGAACAAGGGAGAUAUGGUGUGAAAUACAAGAUCAAGGAAGCAUCCUGAAUGUAACUGGUGGAUGCAUCGAGUCUUUAAGACCAGCUUCGUCCCUGGAUUGUGAGCCACAAUGUACAGCAUCAGGAGCCAUCUGUCAGGAGGGGAAAUGUCACUGCAAAGACGGUUAUGAAGGUAAUGGUCAAGCUUGCUUCCCAGUCUCCGGAUGUGAUACAGAUGACCACUGCCCACUUCCAAAUACCUUCUGCAACCGCUACAGUCAGUGUGGCUGCAAGUCUGGUUUCAUGCUUGACCAAGCUACAAAUGUCUGCAUCGAGUCUAACCUCAUUCCUGACGGCAAUGAAGAGGCUGGUGCCAGUCCAACGAGUCUGGUUCCGAACAACAGCAAUGAUGUGGAACAGUUUGAGGGGAAGUCUGAUAUAUGGAAAUGGGUUGUAGUAGCCAGUGCGGUCGUUAUAGCCCUCCUCGUUGUCAUCGUCAGUGUCUUCUACAUCAGGAGACGUCGAGCGGGCGAAGUGGGCUUCAAUCCAAUCCCAACCAUCAGUGAUUCGGACUUCCCUCUUAGCAAGAUGGUCAAGGAUGUAGUGACCAAAUGCUGAUGCUGCAGGAGCUGAACCUCGACCCUUGAGGUCAAAGAUCAGAGGUAGAUCAAACACCUUAAAGGAGCACGUUGCCCUGGAUCGGACUAGUUGGUCUUUGAAAAGUGUUUGAAAUGCAUAUGAUUAG